GGCAAGGGAAGCGAGGCCAUUGGUAGUGGUCUUUCGCGGACAGGCUGACAAAGAACGACGAAUAAAAACGGAGACAAAGAAGCUGAAGAGAGCGAAGAUGCAGCUUCUAUAGAUUCUUUUUUCUUAUUUUUGAAAAAUCAAGAUAAUAAGGGAAAACCUAACUGAAUAAACAAAAAUCAGAGACAAAAGGUGCAGUAAGAAAAGCUCACGUAAAAAAUUCUGAAAUGUUUAGAAAUAACUAGUUCUCCUUCCUCCGGACGAUAAAAAGAAAGAAAGAAAGAAAGAGAAAACAAAUUCAGGGCCCCUUCCCCAAAAAAGGUAAAUAAAACUAUUCAUGCAAAUAUUUUCCCACAAAGAAAAACAGUACUAAACCAACAAAUAAAAAAGGGAAACUCACAAAAUAUCAUACAAGGAGAAGCGUGUUCCCCGUCUCCCCUUCCCUUGCCCCUGCCUCAGCCCCCUACUUCCGUUCCCUAUCUCUACCCUUUUCCCCGGUCCCUUCACCCCUGCCUCGGCCCCCUGUCCUGUGCCACCUGCCCCUGCCCCUUGCCUUCCCCUGGGGACUUGUCUGCCUCGGACGUCCCUCAAGACAGCCCGAGGCGGCGUCGACGAGGCUGAGCAUCUCCUCUCAAGACGGGAUCUUCCUCGGCCGAGGAGGGAGCCGCUCAGGAGGAGGAGGAGGCAGGAGGGGGCGGAAGGGCGGAUGGAAGAGUAAGAAGGAGGAGGAAAGAGGAGGAAGAAAAAGGAAAGAGGAAGGAGGAGGAAGGAAGACGAAGAGGGAAUGUAGGAAAGGUGCUAAGAAAAAUUUGUGUAAUAACAAAGCGAGGAAAAUACAGAGAGAAAAAGAAGAGAAAUAAUACGAGUAACACAAGAACAAAAGGAGAAUGUAGAGAAAAAAGCACGAAGAUUAAAAAGUAGCAAUAAAAUCAAGAAAAGGAAAGGAACUGAGGAGGAGCUGUGACUAUCUCCCUGUCUGUUCCUUCUUCGGCGCCAGCUCGUCGACGCUCUUUCCUCUCCAUCGAAACAGUGCCGCAGCCAUGGAGACUACAGUCACAGGCGGCGUCGUGCUCCUGGUAUUCUUUGUCGUCUCCGGCGCAGCAUCCCAGUACUCCCGCCAAUACCCGCACUGGAACAGCCCGCACAGCCCGACGACGGAGCCGCCCUUGGUCAACCACCGCACGCGGGAGAAGAAGCUGCUCGACGAGAUCCUCGGCAACGGAACCUACGACAGGAAGAUCAGGCCGUCCAGCGUCAACAAGGAGCAAAAGGGGGACUUCACCACGGUCGUCAUCAACAUCAUGAUUAGAUCCAUCAACAAGAUAGACGACUAUCACAUGGAGUACAGCGUCCACAUGACCUUCAGGGAGCAGUGGAAUGACGACCGCCUUAACUACACCAAUAAAGGAGAUCGGAUCAACUACCUGACGCUCACGGAGACGGACAAGAUCUGGAUGCCGGACCUGUUCUUCAAGAACGAGAAGACGGGCCACUUCCACGACAUCAUCCUCCCGAACCGCUACAUCAGGAUCUACCCGAACGGCGACGUCCUCUACAGCAUCCGGAUUUCCAUGACGCUCUCGUGCCCAAUGAACCUCAAGCUGUACCCGCUCGACACGCAGGUCUGCCGGCUGCUCAUGGCGUCGUACGGCUGGACGACCGACGACCUGCUGUUCCUGUGGGAGGAUAACGAGCCGAUCCAGGUGACCAAGAACCUCUACCUGCCGCGCUUCACGUUCGAGCACUUCGUCCCCGCCUACUGCAACAGCAAAACCAACACAGGCGAGUACAGCUGUCUUCAGGUGAACCUGAUCUUCAAGCGCGAGUUCUCCUACUACCUGAUCCAGUACUACAUCCCCUGCUGCAUGCUGGUCAUCGUAUCGUGGGUGUCGUUCUGGCUCGAUCAGUACGCCGUGCCCGCCCGCGUCGCGCUCGGCGUCACUACCCUGCUCACCAUGUCCACCCAGACCGCCGGCAUCAACCAGUCUCUGCCUCCCGUCUCCUACACUAAGGCUAUCGACGUGUGGACGGGCGUGUGUCUCACCUUCGUGUUCGGGGCGCUGCUGGAGUUCGCGCUCGUCAACUACGCAUCGCGCUCAGACUUCCAGCGGAAGAAGCAGCGACGCCACUGGGAGAUGGAGUCCCAAGCAGCCUACGAUGCCUCCGUCAUGGAGAACGGCUUUCCCGCUUUCGCCAUGAGGCCGCUGGUGCCGCCCUUCCGCGACGGCGGGCCGGCGCACCUGCGCUCGUGCGAGGUGCACCUGCAGGGCGCCCCGACCAACUGCUUCCAGACAUGGCUGGCCAAGUUCUCCACCCGCAGCAAGCGCAUCGACGUCAUCGCCCGCAUCACCUUCCCGCUGGUGUUUGCCCUCUUCAACGUCGCCUACUGGAGCGCCUACCUCUUCCGGGACGACGAGAUGCAGAUCUAAGAGGCGGGCUCACUGCUCGGGGACGCGCCAGCGCCUGCCGUGUUUCUCUCUUGCAGGGAACUACAUUACACACUGCGGACGACCUGACGUUUUUCUAUUACGCGCCUGUCCGCGGGCAACGAGAAUGUUUGUUUUGACAAAUACGUUUUGUGGCGCAAAUUACAUUUCUGGAAGGCUUGCGAAGCGAGUAAGGCGACGGUGUCCGAGCAUCCUCUUUGCAAGCACCCUGCGCCCCUUAGCAGUGCGGCCAAAUCAGCCCUUCACGAACGUCCUCGCCUGGCGAGGACCGCUGGCGCCAUGGAAAUGGGAUUUGUUUUUUUGUGCACAGACUAAGGGUCGCUGCCUCCCCCUGCGAGCGCACCGAAAAGGUUGAAGGGGAGGGCCUGAGUGCGGAGAUACAUGGUGCGGGCAGAAAAGCGGCUCGCAAAAAGGAGUCAGUGGCGGUCGUCCGAGUGGACAGGUUGUGAAGCUCGGAAAAUUGUGUAAUGAAGGGAUAUGCGGGGUGAUGAAGUACAAUUAAAGUAAAGCUGAAGCUAAGUAGAUGUUACUGAUGAUAUAUUUAGAAAAUGUAUAUGGAUGCGGGCUAAUCGCCAACAAAUGUCACUUGGGCAUCGUAAUCGACUGCUGGCUGUGUAAAAGGAGCGGCGAAGGGCGAUCGGUGAUUAACGAGACUGGUUCACGCGGCGGCGAGAGUAGAUUGGGGACUGACUUCCCUUCAUCAAAGGGAGGCUCCAUUAAGGCGCUGACAGCAGACUAAAUAUUCUUACGUGUUACAGAGGUUGAAGAGAGCAGUGGCCCACUGAGAAGAAAAGACAAAACAAAAUCUUUCUUCUCUCACUCACAAAGGUCUUGAGGCAGAAGAUCCCGCUCGAAAGAAGGACAAGUAUUUUUAACCCAAUAUAUUUAUAUCAAAUAAGAUAUUUCAGUAAGGCUAUAAAACUUAAGAUUUUGUAUAAUAUUACGUCAGGUUACGGAUUUCUUCUUUUUCCCAUGAUAGUGUUAGAUUAAGGUUAUGGACAUGUCAUCUUCCUUGGAAGAAGCAUCGAUAGGACCGUUGUGAAGACAUUUUAUACAGAACCAUAUUUCAGCAUAUUUGUUAAAGUUGUAUAACCUCCCGACAUAGGUUAAGCUGAAUUUGAUAACGCUUGUGUACUUACGAAGUGGUGAGUGUCUGUGUGUGACAUUUUGCAUGCAUUUAGUUUGCUCACGCAGACGUGGGCGUCCUCAGACACCGGGCGUGCGAAGCAGACAAUCAAAUCAAGCAAAGGCGCUUCCAGCGGAACCGCCCGUUGCGCACCUC